AUGCCACCAGCAAUAACCACCUUACCUUCCGAACUAGUUUCCCUAAUCCUCACACACCUUUCCCUGCGUGAUACUCUCUCCCUCCUACAAACCUGUAAAUCCCUCUACCCUCCUUCUCUCCACCAUCUCUACUCGACGCUUCACCUCUGCGAUCGAAUACCCGGGAAAUAUCGCGGACCACCAUGUCCGCCGUUUACCCAUAACCCUCUCCGUGCGGUUGGAAACGAUGGGUGCAGGGCUUUAGCCCGUACUACCAAUGAAUUCGAGAAGCGGGAGGAAGUGAUGCCGGGAUUUGGGUAUAUUAGAGGAUUGGUUUUGGAACCCGAGGUUUUUGCGAGAAGUACGGCUUGUAUGACUGAUGGUUUGCUGAGAGUGCUUGGGGAUAGGAUUGAGGAAGGUGGGGUGGCGGUUCGGUGGGUUAAGGUUAGUGUUUGGGGGAGUUACCUGGAAACUUCAGAUGAUCCACCUACUGGAAUUGAAAGAUUCCUAGGGAUUUUGAAAAGGUAUUCUGAAGGGAAGCAGGCGGAUGAAUUUAGCAUUAUCCUGGAUACGAACUUUAUAAGUUCCAUCUCGCAAUGGUUUAAACCCAAGUGUUCCAUAUUCGACUUGAUCGACUUGGAAAAAGUCACAAGUCUGGAUCUACUGAUAUUUCUUCACGACGAUGAAGAUGAAGACGGCUUCCGACUGUCUAGUAGCGAUGAAGAUGAAGAUGACGACGACGACUACGGCGACACCCACGAAGAUGCAACUGGCGAAAGAAUCAGUUACGAGGAUAGAAUACUCGAAACUAUCGCCGGAAAGCAAGCGACAGAUCUCACCGCACUUCUAACAAGGACAGUGAACCUACGAACACUAAAACUAGCUACGGACAACGAAGAACGCCAGUAUAGCCCCCCACCGAUAGAAAGAAUGGCUUCACUUCUGAAUAACCUCCAAACCGCAUUUCUGGGCUUAAAACAACUAGAAUGGCUCUACCUCCGCGGCGAGAUGUUCCAUCCAUCAUACUUCAUCACCCCACCACCAAAAGUCAAAACCCUAAAGAUCAAAUGCGUAGUAAGCGUCGCCUGGUGGAGACGCUUUGCAAACGCGGAGUUAAAAGGGGUGAAGGAGUUGAUUAUCUACAAUUCGAAGGUGGAGACUGCUAGCUGGAUGAGUGAAUUGGAUAAAGAUGAUUAUGAGAUUGAACAGGAUGAUGAUGAAUAUGGAAUGACGUAUGCUGCGACGCCGAAGGAGUUUGAUUUGGGUAGUGUGAAAGUUGAAGGGCUUAGAGAGUUCUGGUUGCAAGGAGGGUUUAGGCCACGGGAUUUGGGGGAGUGUAUUGCCAAGGCGGCGAAGGGGGGUAUUUCAAUUUUGGGGGACCUGUCUGCUGUGCCGGAGGGGGAGGUUUUGAGGGGUCAACGAGAGGGGUUGGGAUCUUAG